AUGGCAGCGAGUUUUAAAAUACCAACAAGUCUGAAAAGAAAGGCAAAAAAGGAUCCAGAGUUGCCAAAGUUUGAGUGGAAACUUUUCGAAAAAGAAAAUAAGUUGGGUUGCGGUAUGUUUGGGUCCGUAUACCUAGCAAAAUACAAAGGAAAGACCAGAAGUGGUUGCCAAAAACAAUAAUGUCGAGUCCAUUGACUCGAAAUCCUAUUUCGAGAGAGAAGCCUCACUGUUGAACAGUACAAAAGGCCACAAGAACAUAAUCCGGUUCCUUGAAUUUUCAAUAAUGAUGGACUAAAAUUCUUGCUUCAAUUUUCGCCCGUUUGGAGUUGCAAAAAGUCUUUGCACUCUAGAAAAUUUUGUCCAUUUCGUAGAGGACGACUUUGACUCCUUCACAAACUUGCUGCCAACAUGUGCCAAAGAUGUUGUCGCAGGUUUGAAAUAUUUGCACAACAAGAAUAUCGCUCACCGGGCGAUAUUUGCACAACAAGAAUAUCGCUCACCUGAAACCGGCAGGAAACAUAUGGCUGACUUUGGCUUAAGUCGGUCUCUCGACUUACAAACCAAGUCAUUUUUUAUGUCAAUGAAAUCACCGUUUUGGCUUGCAUUCUUUGGCAUAAAGUAUGUGAUACAUCAUAUACUUGAAAAAGCAUGUACUGAAUGUGAUUAUCUUAAUUCAUAA